AUGUCAGAACAAAAAUUAAACAAAGGUUUAGCACAAAUGCUAAAAGGUGGUGUCAUCAUGGAUGUUGUUAAUUCAGAACAAGCUAAAAUCGCUGAAAAGGCAGGAGCUGUUGCUGUUAUGGCCCUUGAAAGAAUUCCUGCAGAUAUGAGAGCAUCAGGUCAAGUUUGUAGAAUGAGUGAUCCCAAGUUAAUUCAAGAAAUUAUGGAUACUGUUUCAAUCCCAGUCAUGGCAAAAUGUAGAAUUGGUCAUUUUGUUGAAGCUCAAGUUUUGGAAGCUAUUGGUGUUGAUUAUAUUGAUGAAUCUGAAGUGCUUACACCAGCUGAUAAAAAGAAUCAUAUUAAGAAGGAAAAUUUUAAAGUUCCAUUUGUUUGUGGUGCUAAAAACUUGGGCGAAGCUUUGAGAAGAAUUAAUGAAGGUGCUUCAAUGAUUAGAUCAAAAGGUGAAGCUGGUACUGGUGAUAUAUCAUCUGCCGUUGGACAUGUUUCAUUAAUCAGUGAACAAAUUCAAUACAUUAUUUCUCCAGAAAGAACUGAUGAAGAAUUAGAAAAAUUUGCUAAAGAUGAAAGAAUCCCAGUGGAAUUAUUACAUCAAUUGAAAACCUUGAAUGGGAAAUUACCAGUUGUUAAUUUUGCAGCAGGUGGUGUUGCAACUCCAUCAGAUGCUGCUUUAUGUAUGCAAUUAGGUUGUGAUGGUGUAUUUGUUGGUUCAGGUAUUUUCAAAUCUAAAAAUCCAGAAAAAUUAGCUACUGCAAUUGUUAAUGCAGUUACAAAUUAUAAAGAUCCAAAGAAAAUCUUGGAAUAUUCAACUGAUUUAGGUGAUUUAAUGUUUGGUGUUGCUAUUGAUCAAUUAAAAGAUAAUGAAAAAUUAUCUCAAAGAGGUUGGUAG